AUUAUUAGUUCAUUAACAUUACAGUAACGUGUAUAUUUGUAUCUUACUAGUGAUACAACGGAACCCAAAACAGACAUAUGGCUGCUUCAACAGCCAUAGUAAACGGACCUGCUAUUCUUCCACUUUCAUUUUUCGCCAAGCCUUUGAGUUGCAAGCUGGUCUCUUGCACAAGAUUACGCGCAGUCAAUACAAGAUGUCGUAAAUUGAAUGCACCUGAUAAAUUAACCUUCUUGUCAGAAACUAUAAUUAAGUACAAGAAGAGGAGAAUACGCAACCACAUUACCACUUAUGUAUCUAGAGACUCUAGUGUGGAAGAAGGUAUUGGAGCUCAUGAGCAAGAAGCUUUCGAUGCUGAGUUGGCUCGGUUUGAAAUGAAUCAGCUUGAAGCUUUUCUCAAUGAUCUGAGCAAGUGGCUCAUGGUGGCACUCUUUUCUCUGGUUCUCCUUCUGCGGCAUGAUGCAAAAGCAAUUUGGAUAUGCGCGGGUUCCAUCCUGAAUGUUGGCCUUUCAAUUGCUCUGAAGAGGAUUCUUAACCAGGAGCGACCUUCAUCUGCCACAAAAUCAGACCCUGGAAUGCCAUCCUCACAUGCACAGUCAUUAUUCUUCCUUUCCUUCGUUGUUAUUCUGUCAAUGAUGGACUGGCUUGGAAUGAACAUAUACACACAUCUUCUUGCUGGACUUGUAUUAUCAUUAGGUUCAUACUUUGCAUGGUUGAGGGUUUCACAGGGAUUUCACACUCUCGGCCAAGUGACUGUAGGCGCUGUUGCAGGAUCAGUAUAUGUUGGGCUGUGGUUUUGGAUCUGGGAUGCAAUUGUUCUUCCGGCAUUUAUCUCCAGUUUGUGGAUCAGACUUCUUGUAGUUGUUGGAGGAGUCGGAUGCAUUCUGCGCUUUGUUGUGUUCCUUGUUUAUGACUGGAUUAUGAAAGAGCAUUGAAAAUUACAACCAGCAAGAAGAAAAUUUUGAAUUCUGAGUUGAUCUUUAUACAUAGCCAACACAAGGAUGUUUUUCUGUCAAAAUUUAUAAAUGUGAUGGAGAAGGUCAGCUCCAAAUUUAUAAACUCUGUAACUUGCUUCUAUGAAUGAGUCACAGAUAGCUUUAACAAAUAACAACACUACUGUUCCAGACUCCAUAUCGACAGGUUUUAUGCUGGGAACCAGGUUAGGGCUAGCUUUCUGUAUAUGUUGCUUCACAUACCUUGUAUACAGUUAUGAAGAACCCUCUGAUGAGGGCUGAAAAUUGAAUGCCUUCAA